UUUAAGGUUCAUCAGCCGAGUCAUUUAACACUAAUAGUUGUGUAAACCCUUGUUCUACAUUCAUAUAAAGUUAACCUUUUUACUCCCUUUCUUUUACGCCUUUUCUUUUUGUUUUGCACAGUAUGGAACAAGGUGAAGUAAAGAAGCUCAUCGAUCGUUUAACAAAAGACAAUGCUCAUCUAAAGAGCGAUCAGCUCGAACUCCAAAAGACAGUCUCCAACUUACAAGCAGAGAAUUUGACUUUAAGGAGUGACCUAACAAGCUUAAGAGAUAUUGUAUACGAGUCCCAGCGCAACAUUCACCUCCUUACCGAACAGUAUCGAACAACCACUGAUCGAAUUGAGCAGCUCAAAAAAGAUAAUACCAAUAAUAACAAUGUUCCGACUUCAACUGCAUCUGUAGUAAAGCGAAGCAUACCAGCACCUUCCAAAGUACUUAUUGAUGAACAAAAGAAAAAGGAUAAUCGUCUAUUGGAAUUACGAAGGAUUACACAACAUGUCAUGCAAGUGAGCGAAGAUGAAGCUAAACUUCGGCUUCAUAAACUACAAAAAACAAUGAUUCAUGUAGUAGCUGAUUUAAAAAAGCUUAUGCGUCAGAAGAAAGAAGCUACAAAUAAAUCAUGGAAAGCUAUUGACGUCAAUACACAGCGUGUAGCGUUUGAGUUGGUUGAGCGAGAAGCAACUGCAAUAGGUGUGCCAUUGACUAUGUGCAUUGGAUAUUGGGGCGCACGCCGAUUGAUCAGUAAGUCAUGGGCCAAUGCUUUAAGAACAACUAAGAAACAAGGUAAAAUGAAACCAAAUGCCGAAGACAAUAGCCAAGCAGAAGACGAAGAUGAAGAAAUGAAAAUAGAAGAAAUUAAGGACACUAGAUCAGGAGAAUAAACAUAAAGCGUUUAUAGC